AUGGCGCAAGUCGACGCCGUAGGUGAUCCUGCCGCGAUAGAGCAGGAGCGAGAGAUGCAGCGGAUCGACCUCGAACGGCUCUUCAUAGACACCGACGAAAUGACGGUGAUGAAGACGCUGCAAAACAUGCACCUCGCCAACUAUCAGCUCGAGAACGCCAUGAAGGAUGUCAUGACCCAGGAGCUGGAGCCGAUGAAGCUCUACUCCGGCAACAUGCUAGGAUUGUGUAGCGUGGUCAAGGAGGCGCAGGCCUCUCUGAACGAUCUUGCUGGCCAAAGCAGAAAGUUCGAUUUGAAAAGGCCAUCCGAAUACAACACUGCAAAGGCAUCCGAAGCCGAUACUGCAAAGCCAACCGAAGCGGCAUUCGAACGGCAACAUUCCAUUGGUAGUGACGAAGACCCGCAGGAAAAGGAUGACCCACCCGCCGCAGUGCCAGAAGAAGUGGAGAACAACGACCGUCGCAAAGAUAUAUUGGAGAGCGUACACACGCUGCAGAACCUCUCUAUGGAGAACUUCCGGCUCCUCAAGAGGAACAUGUUCCUCAAGUCCUUCAAGCUAAUCGGGAUGUCGCCGGCAUUAAUCUCACAGGUGAAGCAGCUUGUUGAGCCGGAUGCGCCUGCAGAUCCGCAAAAAGCAGAUGAUGCGCCUAAAAUCGAGGAACCCAACAGUGAUUCAGAUAAAUGUGAUUUCAUCGCCCACUUGGAAUCGGAGCGGCAGAGGCUCUCGGGGGAGAUGCACCGGCAGCAAUUGCAGGCAAUGCUUGACAGAAUUCCAUCGGUCGUAAAGUACAACACUACACUACUGUUGCGCAAAUGCGAAGCCGCCCUUGGCAGCAGUAGCCUGGAGACACUCGUGGAAGCUUCGCUGUGCCUGCUCAUGCAAAAGGGGCGUUACAGCCAGGAUCCAAACCGAUUAUGGAAUAAUAGGCUGAAAGCGUUGAAGGAUGACACAAAUAAACCGGCUGUUGGGUGCAUCGCAGGGUGUGAGCAGGUGCUGUCACACCAGCUCGCCUCCGCCAUGUACACUUUGUUCUGCCGCAACAUGAACCCAGGCGCACUGGCGAUCCUGAAGCGCAUACUGGGUGUAGCCACUCCGGAUGAGAGCGACGAGAUCAUGCCUCCCAAGCCGGCGGAGUACACAAACUUUAUGGAGGAGAGCUAUUGGAAGGAAGCGAUUGAGCUAAUAGUCGGAAGCGUGAAGAAGGUGGAACUCGAAAACAUUGUUGAUUUCAACCAUAGACUGCACGUCAUCGUGGUAACAGUGCUUAAAUCGGUGGAGAGAAAUCAGCUGCUGAUGAGUGUAUAUAGCCUUUUGGGUUUGGACCUUGGACAGGAGCUUCUCAAAGCCUGCACGGUAGUUCUCGAGAAGAUAAAAGCUGCAUGUAACGAAGUCGCCUCGGAAUCGACGCUUAAACUGGUGGCCGACAUUGAGCAACGGCUUCAGGCUCACGAGGUCUGCACCGCGCAAAUCAAGGCGCUGAGCAACUACGCAUCCAGGGGUGACAGCGGCGUUAUCGACGCCUUUAACGCGCGAAUGUCGGAGGUGUUGAACAAAUGGCAGACUGAUGCGCGUGACAUGGACGGCCCUGCCAAGGGUGAUGGGAUCCUUGGCACAUACGGCGAGGAAGGUUCUGUGCGCGUUUGGCUGCAGAAGACGGGGCUCGGCAACGUCGUGCUGAACGCCGAGACUAUGUGGCCACAAAUGGAAUCUGCUGUGAGGGAGCUGCUGGAAGUCGUAGCAACGAAAUGUGUGAUGCCCCUGGAGGGAACUGACCCGGUGGUCAGGACGCUCGUCGGGACGGGCGCGCUAUGUUCCCAAUACAGCCUUCUAGGGGCCACAAUAUUCCCUAUCUUUAUCAAAAAAGCUUGUAUACAACAUUGGAUGUCAAACUUAGACAGCAUCGACGAAAAGGACAAGGCCAUACUGGUACUCUGCUUCAGGGACUCCGGGCUGGCUGGAGCCGCCAAAGACCUCGCCGACAGCUGCGAAACCGUCGCUGAGGAAUUAGGCGACGAAAAAAUCGAGGAGCACGCACAGGUGUACCAGACCGUGCGCAACCUCAUAUAG